AUAUUCUCCCUUUUCCUCGCCUAUACCUGCUGCAUUAUUUUUUGCAGGGCUUGAGAAACGAAGUGCAUUGUGAAUUAUUAUGAACCACGACUGGAAUGGCAUUGGAACUUUUGCAGUACGCUGAACUCCAGUGUAAUUAUCGCUGCUCAUUCCCAAAUAGUGCUGGUCCAGCGGAGUUGCAGUCAUUCUUUGGAUUGCCUAUCCCAGUACCUGUGGGACACUUCCAUUUUCUCUCGCAGGGCAUUCAAUUAAGUUGCCAAAUGUAAUUUCCUCCUCCACCGAUUGGAUCUCAUCUCGGAUGGCAAGCAGUGUUAUGGGGAUAGAGUGCCCACCAAGAAAACUGUUAGGUCACUGGGUGAGUGGCUUGUGAUGUUUACAAGUGGCGCUUCCCUGUCAGAUUUGUUUUUACCAAUUCCCCAGGAUAAUCUUUAAAAGUUACGUAAAACAUUGUUUACAAGAAAUGUCUGAUUUUUCACGUAACUUCCAAGUGUCCCUCUAAAAUUUGUACGAAAAAAAUCCAGAUUCACUCUUGAUCGAAAUGGCAAAAACACAUCGUCUUCGCGAUUUUUCCUCCUUGUUAGUUAACAUCGGCACAUUUUCACCAAAAAUAGGCCAAAACGUAAAUUGCCAACGUGAUUAUCUUUUUAUUUAUUUGCAACAAGCAAAGCUAUUAACGAUUAAACUAUCCCAACGAUUACAUCAAUUUGCCAACUCCACAAUCAUCACCUGUGUCGUGCACAUUUUACAACUGCCGAGUUUUGACGUGCGAGCACAGUCAUUAACAAACUCCGAAAAUCCGUCCUAAAGUUUUUGCAAAUGCAGUCUCUUUGUGAUUUUGAGAGCGGUGGGGGGGCACGUGAAAGAAGUGAUGAAUGUGCAAAGCGCGCACUCCCAUUGAGCUUCGGUGGCCUUCAGUGUUUACUUGCCACGUGAUCCUUGUUACCAUAGGUACACGUACAGACUCCCCCAAGCCAUGCCUUGUGUAAAGAGGAAACAGAAAACGCAUUUUCACACCUCGUGAGUCUCUGAAGUGUUAACUAUUCAAACUGACAUGCUCCGCGGACUCGGCUGAGUUCCUGGACCUGUGUUCAACGAGCACAGCGACAGUGCGGGUGUGCACCCUCUGUUGCGUUCACGAGUUGAGCUCGCGAACGGGACGCUGAAACCCACUUGAGCAUCCCAGACGGCCACCCAGGACGAUCUUUUCAACAGUAAGCUGACCUGAUCCCUGUCCCCUGGAGGGGCAUCUCCAUGGCAAUCCGGAAAGCUGAAAGGGAGUGGCUGGUGCUACAGGAAAGCUUUCAAAAGUUGAGAGAACAGCUGGGCUACCCCCGCUCAGAAUGGGAUGCUCCGUUGCCUAGCAACUCCCUCAAGGGACCUCAAGGAAGCUCCGCCCCUCCAUUGCCACGUUUUCAGGACGCCCGGGGCAUGGACCUCCCAAGGGGUGAUCAUCGCAGGACCCCUUUGUUUGAGCACCAUCCCAGGAACGGUGCUUUGAAAGCUGACGUGGAGCAGCAACAUGACCGUCGGACUCUGCGCCUGCCCAAACUGCCUGCUCACUCCGCACUCCCACUGCUGCGUACUUUGGACAGCGAGCACCGCUCGUUGUUGCAAAGCUUCGUGGAAGAUUUUAUCAACGGCUUCCUUACCGACGAGCUUAUCCCAGACACUCUCAUUGAGGUGGUGGCGGGCGACUUCACGGAGAAUCGGUCCGUGCACAAGGCCGUACGAAAACGCGACCAUCUAUCAGAGACCAACUCGUUUAGAAAUGAGUUUACCCAAAGCUGGAAGAAACAAGCAAGUAUUCUGCCUGAUGAUAUCACAGCUGAGGUGGCCAUCCGACAUAAGAGAGAAAGUCAGCUGACCUGGCCCCUUGGCCCUGAUAAGUUGUCCAUACCAGCCGUGAGAGCAGUGCAGAGCAACCCCUGGAAAGAGGCCUACUUAUCACAGAUCUGCCACGAGAUUAUCGCCGAAGUGGUUCGAGAAGAGGGAACAAAGGUGGCGAAUUUCGUCCUUCAAAAGAGAGGCUCCUGGCAAUGGCACACGGAUUCCCACCAGCAGGUGGCUGAUGUUGCAGGUGGGAGGCUCCUCGAUGGCUUUGUCUUGCAGCAGCUGCUCGUGAUCCUGGGCCAUGACGGCGGAGCCGUGCUGCGGCGCGAAAUGCAAGAAAAGCUUCUGCAUGGGGUGCUCAUGAGCCUUUUGUUACGGAGGUUUCUUGACAUCACUCAGCAUGAGAAUGUAACUUUGAAAAAUUACAAGCUAAAACAUCUCCACGUGAAGCUGUUUAAUGAUGUGGCCUGCGACGUGAUUCUUGAUGAACUGAGCCACCAAGUGGAAGAGGAUAUGGAGGAGCUGCAUCAGAGAGAGUGCCAUGCAGGGAGAGGGUACGCUGGUCUAUGAGGAGGUGCACGCUGGGUCAACGUACUUGCACCUGACAUUCUGCCUUCUUGGUUUCUGUCCGCCAACACGUGAAACCAAUUACUGUAUAGCCAAUAUAAUGGAACCCUUUGAUAUGCUGUUUCGUGAAUUAUGGGUGCCUUUGUUAUAAAAUAACCCAUAUUAUUCAGAGUUAAUCAUCCUCUUGAAUCUUAUAAAAUUCAGCAUUUUUAUGAAUAAACGAGCUCUAAAUGACAUUUUUACUAUUGUCUCUCCUCCACAUUAAACAUAAAUUGUUGCUUCCUCUCUUGAUUGUGCACAGUAAUGUCAGAAACUUGCAGGUGAACGAUGUGAUUUAUGUAAGCUGAACAUCAUUUACCUUUGACCAAAUUAGACUGACUGUAGCCAAUAUUAUCACAGAUUAGAAACAAUGGAUUAUUGAAUCUGUCUGUGCGGAGCUCUUGAGUAUCGUUCCCUUGUGCUGAUUGUCUUCCCUGGGUCCUCAUUUACUCAACAUCCAAAUGCAGGAUUCUUUGGGUCUUUCGCUAUAGUCACGUAGAUAGGCUCAAAGAAAAUAACAAAAAUAACAAAAAACUAUGACGUUUCGAUCGCAACACAAGCGCUCGUCAUCAGGAUGCGAUCGAAACGUCGUAGAUUUAGUUAUUUUAUUUGAACCUAUCUACGUGACUUUACCGACCCAAAGAAUAUGAAUUCCUGCAGUCACGAAAGCUUUACGUUAAGAUCGCAAUGCAGGAUUCUACCGAAAAGAGCCUUGAGAUUCAUUAAAUCUUUCCUGGAUAUAUGAAGAGAAUGAUUAUUUAAACCUGAUGGUCAUGAAAUGUAUAAACAUUACGUUCUUCCAGGCUUAAACAUACCCGCCGUCAUGUGAAUCAUGGCCACUUUUCAUAACGGUGCAGUAUAUAUUGUAUUUAACGUGAACUGUUAAUGUUACCUACUGUAUACAUGAUCAAGUGUGAAUACAGUAAUCUGUAUCGUAUAAUUAAAUGGGCAAAAAAUAAAACAGCGACUUGUAUUGUAUAUAUAUGGCAUACAUGUUUUAUUCAGCAGCAUUUGUAAUUCUUGAAAUUGCCAAUUUCAUUACUAUACUAACAAAUCUUGGACCCUAUUUUCCACAUGGUAUGACGUUUUUCUCUGUAAAUUCAAAUAAAAUGUUGGAGGUGCA